UUCUAUUGACGAUUCUGUCGAUAAGUAUAAAAGGAAUCAUCAGAAUCGAAAAAUUAGUCAAUUGUUAAUUAAAUUUUGAGACAAAAAAAAUGAAAUCAAUCGUUAUUCUUUUUGCUGUGUUUGCCUGCACAUUAGCAGCUCCACAAGUUUCUGUUGUUGCUACAAGUCCACUUGUAUCAGCACCAUUGCUAACAAAAGUUGAAGGUGAAGCUCCAGCAUCUACUGUUCAUGCUGUCCAUACAAAAGUCGUUCCACAAGUCAUAGCAUAUAGCGUUCCAGCUCCCAUUGUUCAUCAUGCUGCCCCAAUUGUUUCAGCACCUGUCAUCUCAGCAUACAGUGCAUUUCCAGUAGCUCCUUUUGUAAGUUGUCCAUAAAUUCAGAAUUGUCUACUAAAGCAUGUUGAUAUGAUUAACGGUCGGAAAUUAUUUAAAAAUAUAUCAAAAGUAUGAACAACUAUCAUCAAAUGGUGAAUAAAUCUUCGCAAGCAAUAGACUUAUAGAUCUGGAAUUAAUUUUGAUGCAAUAGACUCAUAUUGAAAGUUAAUAAAACAAACUUUUUUACAUGAGAA